GAGCUGCAGCGGCUCUUCGGACUUUUUGGCUCCAAGAAUAUUGAUUAAAAAAAAACAACAACACAUGGAUUUCGAUUUUUACAUUAUUUAGGAGAGCAACGAAUAUAUAUUUGUUUGACUGUAAAGACAAAACACAUUCAGAAUCAGCUACGAAGUUUCCCUUCACCCCAAGCCUUUUUUUUUCUUCUGCUCUUUGGACUAUAACCUAAAAAUAAGUUGACUUCCUUCGUGUUUGUGAGAAGCUUUAUUUUCUUUGUUGGAAGAUACUACUGGGAACAAAAGAUAAGCAUGCAAGGAAUGUUUUUCUUUUUUCAGCCAAUGCAUUAAGGCUUCUCUCAGCAAUUUUCCCCAAAGGCUGUAAAGAGUCGCUAAUGUGAGCCUCUAAUUCAGCUCUCCACUCUAACACAGCACCGACUCCUCUUUCCUCCACCAAAGUCACCCACCAGGCGCGCUGCACACUCAGCAAUGGAUAAACGAACCUAGAGGGUCGCUGAUUUAACGUCAAUGGAAGAAAAACGAAAAAGAAGAUCGCUCUGAGAUGAAGUUGGAGACUCUGCCACCAAAUAAAGGAGGACGCUUCUUUUGACACCACUUAUUUUUAUUUUUUUCCCCAUCAUUUUCAGAGAAAAUAAAAAAGAAUGGCGCUGAGUGGAAACUGCAGGACUAAUCCCAAAGACCUGCAAUCUUCAGUCCAGAACAGUUUUCCAGAUGUUGUUGAGCUGAACGUAGGGGGACAGGUUUAUUAUACCCGCCACUCCACUUUGGUGGGGACCCCGAAUUCGCUGCUCGGUAAACUGUUCUCCUCCAAAAAAGAGGCAUCGAACGAUUUGGCAAGAGACCCCAAGGGUCGGUACUUCAUCGACAGGGAUGGGUUUUUAUUCCGAUAUGUGCUGGACUACCUCCGAGACAAGCAGGUCGUCCUCCCGGACCACUUCCCUGAGAAAGGGAGGCUCCGGAAAGAGGCAGAGUACUUUCAGCUCCCAGACCUGGUGAAACUUCUGACCCCGGAGGACAUCAAGCACAGCCCGGACGACUUUUUCCACAGCGACCACGAAGACGGUUCCCAGGGUAGUGACCACAGACAGUGUCCACCCCCCUCUCUGGUCCCCGCGGACAGGAAGAGCGGCUUCAUCACAGUGGGGUACCGGGGGUCAUGCACCAUGGGGCGCGAGAGCCAGAGCGACGCCAAAUUCAGGAGAGUACCUCGGAUACUGAUCUGUGGCAGGGUGGCUUUGGCCAAAGAGGUGUUCGGGGAAACGCUAAACGAGAGCAGGGACCCGGACAGAACCCCGGAGCGGUACACCUCCCGGUUUUAUCUCAAGUUCAAGCACCUGGAGAGAGCUUUUGACAUGCUGUCAGAGUGCGGCUUCCAGAUGGUAGCCUGCAACUCCUCAGUCACAGCAUCGUUUGUCAACCAGCACACAGAAGACAAGAUCUGGUCCAGCUACACUGAAUAUGUCUUUUACCGUGGUCCAUCACGCUGGUCAUCCCCACCAUGCGACUGCUGCUGCAAGAACCACAAGGGUGACGGUGAAGGCGAGAGUGGUACUUCCUUUAAUGAGCUUUCAACAUCCAGCUCGGAGAGCCAGUCAGAGGCCAGCUCUCCCCAGGGAACUGUUGUCUGUGGUCCAGUCAGUCGUCAGUCGCACCCUCAUGCCAAAGUGCAGACCCUGGACAGACCGCAGAAGAAAGGCCCAGUUAGCAUGAUUCAGCAAUCUGACCAGCGACGGAAGAGUGACUUACUGCGCACUCUUACAGCCAGCUCGCGGGACACCAGUGGAUCUAAGAAACGGCCUGCUAAAGAAAAGCUGACGGUUGAGGAGGAGCUGGAAAAGUGCAUUCAAGAUUUCCGCAACAUCAAGAUCCCAGAGAGGUUUCCUGAGAGGAAGUACAUGUGGCAGGCUGACCUGCUAAGAAAGUAUCGCCUUUGAGCCAGAAUUUUGAAGGAAUGCAUUAAAGGAGGAGACACCAGGCCAAGGAUCAGUUUACAUGUAUUUCCAUCAAUUUCUUCACACAAAAUGAGGUUUUGAAAGGACACUACAUACAAGGAUAUUGAAUGUCAGAACCAGGAUUAAAUCAUCAAAACGGGAAUUGCAAAGGCUAAUAAAAAAUGUUAUAUGUACAGUAUGUAUUUAUAUGUAGUUUAGACCAACUAUAUACUGUAGGUAUGUGCAGUAACUUGCUAAAUGCAUCAGUGCUGGACUAUUACAAGAGACCUAACUGAUAGAACAAUUGAAAUCCUUUUACUGGCUGCACCUGGUGUUACUGAUGGCUAAUGGAUUGCACAGACUGUAAUUGACCAUCAAUUUGAUGGGAAAAAAACUACAAACUCUACAUUUCUGAUCCAACAGAGGCAAACACUGAUUUAUUGCGUGUACGUAUGAGUAUGUUGAUAUGUAUGUGUGUGUUUGUACCCAGGUGGCCUGGAGGUCAAAGAUAAAUCUGCAUCAGGACUCAUUAAUUAUUCAUGCAGUUCCAACAGAGCUCUCUCCACGAAUACUCCCUGAGAUCUCUGCUGCUACAGCGGCACAAACAGCUGGGCUGAUUACUUCUCUUUUAGGUAACAUUUGGGGACUCUUAAGCCAGAGGGAGGCACAAUUUCAUCAGCAUAUAAAUUAAUUCACCUUCUUAGAAGGAGGUUAGGUUGCAAAUGUGCCCAUGGAACACCAAAUAGUUACACAUGGCUUUAAUUUUGACAAAGUUGCCUGGACAUAGACCAACAGUCGUGAGGGAUUAAUGAAAGAGCAGUCAAACUUUGAAAGAAAGCAAAGGUUUGAUAAAUUGAACACUCAGAUCACAGUCAUCAAACUAUAUUAACAUGCUUAAAAAAAGAAUCUAAUGUCAAUGUACAAUAAAUCAUUGCAUAAUUAAGCCUCACUCUGUAUGACAGCUACUAAACAGACAGAAUAGGAAAGGUCGGUUUAGUUUUCUAACACUGCCAAAACAAUUUGAGGCUUUUCACUUAUUGUUGACAAGCUGAUCAAUAAUAUUGAUGACUACUGUAGUUUGAUGGUAAAGCUAAUAAAUGAAGUUCUUGUUUACAGUUAUUAGUUAGGUCCUUGGGUUCACAACAAAAAGAUGCAACUUGUGUAUUCAGUGAACGUUAGCGAUUACUUGUUUAUUUAAGUUUUUAGUGGUGAUGGAAUGUGCUACAAAGGAAGUACAGAAACUAAGAUGGCAGGGAUCUUCAACCUUCACAAGGAAAACACAAUUAGUACAAUACUAGAUAUUUUAAAAAACUUCAAUUUUUUAUUGUAAUUUUAUUGUAAUAACAUAAUACUGAUAGAAGCACAAUAUAUGCUUAUUUAAUUGUGUGGUUUAAAUUACAUGACAAUCAAUUGGUAAAGAAAUCUAAGGACGUUUCUGUAGUCAUUAUAAAAGCGCAUAAGGCGUAAGGAAAGUAAGCUGUGCAUUUUCAUUAUUAUAUGGUGAGACACACAAUUGAAUGAGACUGGGGACAAUGCUUUCCCUGAGAACCCAAAGAAAACAAUAAGUGUGCAAUUUUAUUUUACUUUAUGAGCAGUAAUUAAAAGCAAAUAGUACUGUAUCUUAAGGCCCUUUCAAUUACACAGAAAAAGGGUUGAUUUUUUUUCAUACCUUGGUUUCAAACAAAAAGGUUUACUAUGACUAAAAAUUCGGAGUUCUCACUGACUUGUCCUCAUUUAUCUGCAUCCCUGUGGAAGUUAAUUUGUUCUUUUUGUCAGAGUAAAUUUCUCUUGUUUGACUCGUUCAGUAGAAUUGUUGAUUGAAUAAGAAUGGGGAUGUCCUGAUCUUCUGGCUUUUUUGAAUAUUUGCUUUACAGUAACGGACAGCACCUAACUUUCCUCCACCUCCACAUAGAUAUGAACUUCAAUGUCAUCAAAUUCUUUUUGUUUUUCAUAGAACUUAAUAUUAUGUCAGCCCAAACUUUGCAGGUAUAAGAGCUUCAACUCUUCCAAGAAAUGUUGAAAUUGUCCUGAAAAUCUUCUUAAGUACUUCUUUUUAUGAAUUAUUGAGUGUUUAUACGAAUUUCUUAUCAUUCUUACGAAGCCCAUUUAUUAAGAGCAGAUACUGAUGCUGCACAACAAGUCUGUCAAAAUAAAAAUAAUAAUUUGAGACUUUAGGGGUAUUUUUGUUAAGUACUAGAGCACUGUCAUAUUCAGACAGAGAAAGGCGAUCCGAACACUUUCCCAACACAGUUGUAAGCAGGCAGUUCUAAAUAUCCUGGAAUACUGAGGCAUUAAUAUCUCCAGAGACAGAGUGCUUUACAAAAUUGUUUUUGACACUUUGAAUUAUACUUGGUAUUUUAAGGUUUAAUAUUAGCUGUUCAUCUAUUGAAAUCCAUUGAGUUAAGGACUCUACAACUUUUAUAAAUCUAACCAGAUGUAUACAGCUAUUCAGUCUGAAAAAUCUGCAAUGUUACUAAAUGGCUGAAACUUAUCGCUUACACAUUUUUUUUUUUCCCCCCCAACAGAUUAAGGUAAAUAUGUAAUAGGGAAGAAUUUUCUUUGACCAAAUAUUAAACAAAUGUCUGUCAAAGCAGUCUGCAAUCAGAUUACAAGGAUUUUCCAAAAUAUCAAUGGUUUAAACUCACCUAUUUGAACUUUAAAAAUAUGAAAUUUCUCAGCUGUUUUAAACUAUUGUGGCACAAAGCAUCAGCAAUUCCAAAAGUACAAAAUCUAAAUGUUGUAGGUUUAGUUGCUAACUUAGCAGUCUAGUUAUUUGUUGUGACAGCUGUAGCCACAGCGUUCUAAGAGUGAGUAAGGAGAAGAAAGAAAACGUUUAAGGAAAAAAUUAUUUUGGCAUUGGCAUGACAUGCUUAAAGGUAUUGUGGAGGA